GGAAUCCGGGAUGUCCAAGCCGGAGGGGUCCGAUCGGAGGUCCGGCGAGCUCGCCACGCGUCCGGUUCGGCACUUCAACAAGACGCUCCCCGCUUCCUCAAUUGACACCACACUCUGCAAGCACACAAUUAUAAGAUCCCAAUCUGCCUGAGAGUCUAGUACCGCAAUCUCUGCCCCAACAGUCUAUCCUCCAUACAAUCAGACCCUAGUUGACCAUGUCCUCGAAAGAAGCCCCCCCAUCGGCAGCCGCCAAGCUGCGCCAGAUGCUCAAAAAGAAGGACAUGAUCGUGGCACCCGGUGUCUACGACGGCUUCAGCGCCCGCAUCGCGCUCGAGGUCGGCUUCGACUGCCUCUACAUGACGGGCGCCGGCACGGUGGCGUCCAAGCUGGGCCAACCCGACUUGGGCCUCGCCACGCUCAACGACAUGCGCGAGCACGCCGAGAUGCUGGCCAACCUGGAUCCAUCGGUGCCGCUCAUCGCGGACGCGGACACGGGCUACGGGGGCCCCAACAUGGUGGCACGCACCGUGGCCCAGUACCACCGCUCGGGCGUGGCCGCCCUGCACAUUGAGGACCAGAUCCAGACCAAGCGGUGCGGUCACCUGGGCGGCAAGGCCGUCGUCGACGUGGACACGUUUGCGCAGAGGAUCGGGGCUGCCUACCAGACCCGUCGGCGUCUGGGGUCGGACAUUGUCAUCAUCGCGCGGACGGAUGCUCUCCAGACGCACGGCUUCGACGAGGCCAUGCGUCGUCUGCAGGCGGCCGUCCAGGCGGGUGCCGACGUGGCGUUUCUCGAGGGCGUCACGACGGCGGACGAGGCGCGCGAGGCGUGUCGGCUCCUUGCGCCGGUGCCGGUGCUGCUCAACAUGGUCGAGCACGGGGCGACACCGUCGUGGACGCCUGCCGAGGCCAAGGCGCUGGGGUUCAAGAUGAUCAUCUUUCCGUUUGCGUCGAUUGGGCCGGCGUACAAGGCGAUCAAGGAUGGGUUUGUCAAGCUCAAGGAGGAGGGCAGGACGGGGGUAGGGGGCGACUUCACGCCCAAGAAGCUGUUUACGGUUGUCGGGCUGGAGCAGGCCAUCAAGGUGGAUGCUGAGGCGGGCGGGAGUCUGUACGACAAGGUGUAGCGCGGGUGAGAUGGCAAGUAAAUGAUUGAUUGCAAAGCUCUUCACGUUGGAUGCUCAUUUCUAAAGGCACUUUCUACUUUUUUGGUGCUCGUGGUGUUACUCGGGUACGGAGGCCUCUGGCCAGGAGCCAUGGUUGAUGUCAAGUAGGAAGAGAGCAGAGUGAGGGCGCAGCCCAUGAAUCAGUAAGAUAGAUUACGAAUCAGUAUUACCAGAGUGCCGCUUCCCCGCGCAAAUGCACGUCAGCAGCUGAGCUUCUGCUUGGACACCAAUCUCACGGUCUCACCCCAGAGUCC